CACACCGACUCCUCAGCCACACGGCAACAGUUUGAGGCCUGCGCUGAUAAAUCAGAGGAGAGAGGCGGAGACAGACAUACGGCAAUAUCCCCGUGUUAAGUUUUGGAUUCCGUCUUCUUCCAAAGAGUUGGAUUUACCCUUUAUUUCAAAGGUCAGAUACGGAUAAACCCUCCAGUCGGGAAUUUUUGCUUCAACUGAUUGGUUGCCCCUAUCCCAAGCUGAAGGUACCUUUGUACUCGGGGGCCAGAUCUUCCUCUGCGUAGAAUGAACAUCCCCCCAACAGAAUUAUCAGUCAGCCCAGAGUUGGAGGCCAACCAGGCAGUAAAGAGUCCAAGUCCAGGAAAGUCUCUGAGUCCCGCGCUCAUGUGUAAGGUGUGUGGGGACACCAGCAGCGGUAAGCACUAUGGCAUCUAUGCUUGCAACGGCUGCAGUGGCUUCUUCAAGAGGAGUGUCAGGAGAAAGCUCAUCUACAGAUGCCAGGCCGGGACAGGGAUGUGUCCUGUGGAUAAAGCCCAUCGGAAUCAGUGCCAGGCCUGCAGACUGAAGAAGUGUUUACAGGCUGGAAUGAAUAAAGAUGCUGUACAGAACGAACGGCAGCCUCGAAGCACUGCCCAAGUGCGGGUGGACACAGCCGAACUGGACCCCGACAAAGAGCACAUCGCCACAACCAGAGAGAAUACUUCAUCAUCUGUUAGCACACAGAGACCCAUCUCCUCCAAUACCAACUCCAACCAGAGGACCAGCAGCCCACAGAACAACCACAGGUUCAUGGCUAGCCUGAUGACAGCGGAGACCUGCGCCAAACUGGAACCCGAGGACGUGGACGAGAACGUUGAUGUGAUGAGUAAUGAGCCCGAGAGGACAGCCACUGAAUACCAGAUGUCCACCUACCCGCCCAGCAGCCCUGAGAGUGUUUACGAAGUUUCAGCCAGGCUGCUCUUCAUGGCAGUGAAAUGGGCCAAGAACCUAGCAGUGUUUUCCAACCUGCCCUUCAGAGACCAGGUAAUUUUGCUGGAGGAAGCCUGGAAUGAACUGUUCCUGCUCUGUGCUAUCCAGUGGUCCAUGCCCCUGGAGGGCUGCCCUUUGUUAUCAUCACCUGAACUCUCUCUCAGCCCUCAGGGAAAGAGCAGCUCCACCGUGGCAGAUGUUCGCAUUCUGCAGGAGACCAUCGGCCGCUUCAAGGCCCUCGUUGUGGAUCCCACAGAGUUUGCCUGUCUGAAAGCAGUGGUGCUGUUUAAACCAGAAACACGAGGCUUGAAGGACCCUGAGCAGGUUGAGAAUCUGCAAGAUCAGUCACAGGUGAUGUUGGGUCAGCACAGUCGGACACAGUACCCCAUCCAACCAGUCAGGUUUGGGAAGUUGCUUCUGCUCCUGCCUUCACUCCGCUUUGUCUCGGCAGAACGAAUUGAACUGCUGUUCUUUCACAGAACCAUUGGCAACACUCCCAUGGAGAAACUUCUUUGUGACAUGUUUAAGAGCUGAACUUCCUAAAUGGUCACUUUAGAUUGUCCCAUUAUUUCAUCUUCUCUAGAGGGCCCACAAUAAAAUUAUUUCCCCUGCUUUCCCUAUAAUCUCCAUCCGACGAGUCUCUUCUGAUCUUCCUAACAUAAUCACUUAUCACCUCCAUCUCCGCACUGCUAGAUCACCCCCAACCUUUUACAUGCACACAUCUUGAUG